UAUCACGACAAAAACUCAACAAACUCUGACAAAAGUUAGAGCCAGACUUUGUAAAUUCGGUUGUAAAAUUAUGGUCGAACUUAUGCUACAGCUGAAUUAUGGUUGCAAUUUUUAUGAGUGUCUUUUCGACAGUCAAAGAAAUUAGUUGUACUUUGACAACGCUGCUGGCAAAUGUCACAAAAAAGACUGAUUUAACCUCACUUUUUUAUUGAUAAAUUUGAAAUUCUGUUGUGGUUUUUGAAAAAAUCAGUUUAAUUUUGUUGUCUUUGAUUAUGCAAUAAUAAAAUGGAAAAUUCGGCCCCUUCUCUUGCCAUCACGCCAAACGUGUUACUUGCCGAAUGUUGCAGUAUCUGUGGAAAAGCGCACAAUACCCAAAAUUGUGAUUACGUACAAAUUUUGAAAUAUGUCCAUGAUAAUGAAAUACCAUCCAGAGCUAAACUCACUUUACCCAAAUUUUUAAGCAUACGAAUUCUAAGUGAUGGCUCAUAUGCAACAAUUACCAAGUCUACAAUAAGCAAAGGGACCAGAUUUGGCCCUUUCCAGGCUGAGAAAUCCAGUACUUUGGAGCCCACGAUGACAUUUCCUUUGAAAAUUUUUGAUAAAGAAAAUCGCGAGUAUUUUUUAGAUGCCACCGAUGAACAGAAGUGCAGUUGGCUGAUGUUUGUGGGGCACGCUGAUUGUGUUGAAGAACAGAAUUUAAUCUGCUAUCAGGAAAAAGGCGAAAUUUACUACGUUGCAAUUAAGGAUAUUAGGAUUGGGGAGACUCUUAAGGUGUGGUAUGCCCCCUACUAUGCUCAAAAAAUGAACAAAGCAAUAUUGGCCCCAAAAGCAGCCGACGAUCCAUUAAAAAAUGUGGACAUCGAUUUUUUGAUUAAAAAGCAACAAAAAAUAACGGAACGUAAAGUCUGGACCUGUAAGUUUUGUAGUCACAUUGAGAAUAAUAUUACUUCGUUUGCGAGGCACAUCUUGAAACAUUACACUGCUCAACACAAAAACAUGUGCGAAUUGUGUAAGAAAUCGUUCAGAUCAAAGAAAGGCUUAAAUAAUCAUUUAAAAAUCGUGCACAAAAUGUUAGUGACUUCGUCACCCAAAACUUCGAAAAGUGUUGUCACGCCCCCGAAAACAGAUUGCAGAGAUGUGGUACUUGGGGGUCCUUUAUUGAACGAUAUGUUUACGGACAGUUCCGAUUUGCAACAAUUUGAUCUCCUCGAUAAUCAGAAUUUAUUAUUGGACAAUGAUAAUCUAACAGUGGAAAAUCUGCUCAGUGACAAUGUUAAAGAUUUGGACCAUUUCAAUUUCGAGAUAGACGACAGUCAGAAGCAAUUUAUUUGUGAUAUUUGUCUUAAGCAAUUUACCAAAAUCAAGCUCCUAAUCGUGCAUUUGAGGCACCAUACAGGGGACUUUAUGUGUUACAAGUGUCUAAAGAUUUUUUGCCGAAGGGAAAAUUUAAAAUCGCACAUUUGCAAUAUGAGCAGUCACCACCGCUGCGAUUUAUGCGAUCGUACUUUCACCCAACGUAAAUACCUCUCCCGGCAUCUGGAAGCCGUACAUAAUAAAAAAUACAGUUGCGUUUCGUGUGGCAAAAACUAUCACUCGAACAAGGAGUUGCUGGAACACAACUGUAGCAAAAUCCCGAAUGCCGACAAGGAGCGCUUUAUGUGCCCCAUUUGUGACAAACUCUUCUUCCGUGAAAUUUAUCUCAAGAGACAUUUGAAAACGCACGACCAAAAAGGCAGAACUUCAAAGCCGAAUUACGUAACUUGCGACGUCUGCGGCUUGCACUUAAUCAACACUUCAUAUUUCUCGCACAAGAAGAAACACCAAGAGCCUUCAUACGCUUGCGAAAUCUGUAGUAAAAAAUUCCACAGGACCGACUCGCUCAAACAACACGUUUUGAUCCAUCAAGCCAACGAGUUCGAAUGUGAUAUUUGUCAUAAAAAGUACAAAACCGAAAAAGUAUUCAAGUACCAUCUCAAGCGGCAUAACAGUGUGCAGGCCUACAAGUGCUCGCUGUGCGACGCCUCGUUCAAAAUCCGCAACAGUUUAAACCGACACAUUAAGAAUUUUCACAGAGAAAAAAGCAAUACAAAGAGCGAGAUUGAAUAUUACAUUUGCCCUGUUUGCCAAAAGUCAAUUAAAUUGCGAAGCUCGCUGUUGAGGCAUUUGAAGAAAUCGCACCCUGAAGUGGCCAACAUUGACUUGAACGCAAUUAGACCGAAAUUAUUUAAAAACACAAAAAAUAAUGAUAAGGAUAAUGAAGUGCCGUUUAGUCUUACGAACGAAAUCGAUAACCAAAUUAAUACGUUGUUGAACAAUGCCGAAAAUAACACAACGAUUAAUAAAAACGCCGUUGAUAGUUUGGUGGAAGAGCUGGAUAUUAAUAACAAAAAUGAGGACAAAGAGACGAGGGAAGUGUGUCUCUCGAUUCCGGACCUUACCGAAAAUUACCAGGAAAUCACCUUAGAUAAAAACGCUUAUAUCCUGGAUAAUGGCACCAUUGUUCAGCCGCAGGCAAACUCCGAAAAUGUUAUUAUUUAUGUUUUGGACCAAACAUAUUAAGUUUCUCUUGAUUUAAGUUUAAACGUUGAGUGUUUGUUGUUAAAUGAAGUUUUGUACUUAUAAGCAAAAAUAAAGACAGUUUUUCAAAAAUUAAA